UCUCCUUUUAGAGCUGCAUUGCUUGCGAAGACGACGGUCUGCUCGCCAUUUGAAGAGAAAUCUUUCUUGUGGAUCCUCUUGUUUAUUUUGUUGUUUUUGUUUGAGGAGUGUCUGUGUUCACUCUGAAGGAUUAUUACCACCGUUUUUAUUUUCAUCUUGAGGAUGGAUUGUAUGUGGAUAAACGCAGUCAGAGGCCGAUGGCGCGCACUGUUUGUCAUUCUUUGUCUCUGCGAGCUGAGCUCAGUGAGUGGACAGGCUCGCUAUUCCAUACCAGAGGAGCAGGCAGAAGGCUCUUUUGUUGGAAACAUUGCCAGAGAUUUGGGCUUGGAUGUGGCCAGACUAGUAGCAGGUAAAGCUCGUAUUAUCACCAAGGAAGAUCGGCAGUAUGUUGAUUUAAAGCGAGACAAAGGCACACUUGUUAUUAAAGAGCGCAUCGACCGAGAAGAGCUUUGUGGAAAGACGACGCCCUGCAGCUUCAGUUUUGACAUCAUUUUAGAAAAUCCAAUCCAGCUUUAUCGUGUAACAGUGGAGAUGCAGGACCAGAACGACAACGCCCCCCAGGUCCUGUACCCGGUCCAGACUGGCGGCUCGGUGCUGGCUGAAAUGGUGCCUCGUUCAGCAGAUGUGGGCUAUCUGGUGACUAAAGUGGUGGCUGUGGAUGUGGACUCUGGACAGAACGCCUGGCUCUCCUAUAAAGUGCACAAAGCCACAGACAGGGCGCUGUUUGAAGUGGGCCUACACAAUGGAGAAAUAAGAACUGUCCGCCAAGUCACUGAUAAAGAUGCCGUCAAACAAAGACUGAGUGUUCUAGUGGAGGACAACGGGCAGCCCUCUCGUUCAGCUACAGUCAUUGUUAACGUGGCGGUGGCGGACAGCUUCCCUGAAGUGCUGUCAGAGUUCACUGACUUUAGCAUGCACGACAAGGAGUACAAUGACAAGCUGACUUUUUACUUAGUCUUGGCUUUGGCUGUGGUCUCCUUCCUCUUCAUCACCUGCUUGCUGCUCAUCAUAUCAGUCAAAGUGUACAGGUGGAGACAGUCUCGCGUCCUGUACCACUCCAACCUCCCUGUCAUUCCAUAUUAUCCACCACGUUACUCAGACACUUUGGGGACAGGGACUCUCCAACACGUGUACAAUUACGAGGUGUGCAGGACCACCGACUCCAGGAAAAGUGACAUGAAGAAUAUGCAAGCCAUGAGUCAAAGUUUAGUGAGUGUGGAUGGAGCUGAUGCUGAUACACCACAUGUGACCAAGCAGAUGUCAGGAAACUUUUCACAAAUGUCAACUUUGAGCUGCAUUGCUUGCGAAGACGACGGUCUGCUCGCCAUUUGA